AGGGAGGGAGGGAGGCUGCCGCUUCUCCCCGACAGAAGGAGGUAGCUGCGGGGAUCUGGUGCCCAGCGGAGCCCGAGCCGGAGCCGACCCGCAGCCGAAACGGGAGCCGCUGCUGCAGCCACCUCGAGCCGAAGGUGCCGAGAGCACAGAGGGCGCGGAGCCGGGAGUCCGGGAAUCGUGGGCGGCCAGGGCGCGAGGAGCCGCGCGCCAUGCUCCGGGCCCCGACGGCGGGGACGCCCCCUUGCGCGCGGGCGGCUGGCGGGACCUGCGAGUCUGGGGUGGGCAUUGCCCCCCGACGGCUGCGCUAGGGGGCGCGGGGCCCGGCGGGGGGCGGCCGAGUUGGGCGCCCUCCCCCGGCGCUGAGCCCCCUCGCCCCGGAGGGAUGGGGCAGGCGGCCACAGCCGCCUAAGAUGCCGGCCAUGCGGGGACUCCUGGCGCCGCAGAACACCUUCCUGGACACCAUCGCCACGCGCUUCGACGGCACGCGUGAGUCCCGACCCUCGCCCCACUGGCUCCCGGACCAGCUGUCCCUGGCCAGUGUUCCCGUCAGUCCUGCACCCAGACACCUCAGCCUGGAGCCCUCCUGCUCUCGCCCUCUCUUCCCCGAGCCCCACUUUUAGCUGGGACCACCGUCUCCUUCCAGACGCCGUUUCCGAAAAAUUCAGAGUCAACACUGCCCCGGGCCAGGCAAAAUGGCUAGAACUCUCUGGGUUUGGGGGCCGGUCAUGUCGUCUGUUCCUGGGGUCGCGAACCCCGACCUAGUCAGUGUAACCUAUCCCAUCCCUGCGUCUGGCGCUAUCCCACCGAGACUACCCUCGAACUGGCGGGUUGGGAAGUGAGGCAAGGAAGCGGUGCUCGAGGGACAGCCUAGAGGCUAAAAAAACAGGUUUAGAAAAGAGGUUUGCAAACCGAGAUAGAGUAGGCGGGACUCGGGCGAGCACUGUUAGUCCAAGCUCACCUCGCCACCUAAACCCACCAGCCUAAACCCACGGAGCCCUCUAGCCCCAAAAGGAUAGGUUUGGGGACUCCCACUAAGACUGGGGAAGUUUGGAGAAGGUGACCAGAGCUUCUGGAUCCUGGCUUUCCGGGGCUCUGAGCACUGGGAAAGUCGUGAAAGCCCCCUCCCUUCUCCUCCUCCUUCAAACUCACCCCCAGUGGGGCUUCCCAGCUCUCUGCCUCUGUCUCUGGUUCCUGAUAGGGGUGGAAGCCCAUCUCUGAGACCAUCCCCACCCCAGGCUUCUCCAUCUGCUUUGCCUGCACUUGGCUCCCGCAGCCUGCUGAUUCAGCGCCCCCCACUACCCAAUACACUCCUGGCUCCAGGCUGCCAGAGCUCAGCUACCGUUCUUACACCCCCAUUGUGGAUCACAUUCACUAAUUCCUGAGCCAGGGGCUCAGGCAACUGGGGCUCAAACAGAGUGCAGAAUAGAUGGUGGCUUGGAUUGCCUCUCCGUCCAAGUGUGUCUCGGUGGGAGGAGCCAAAUAGCCAACCCGAGUACCUGGCUGAUAGUAACUUCGUGCUGGGCAACGCCCAGGUGGCGGGGCUCUUCCCUGUGGUCUACUGCUCUGAUGGCUUCUGCGACCUCACGGGUUUCUCCCGGGCCGAGGUCAUGCAGCGGGGCUGUGCCUGCUCCUUCCUCUAUGGGCCAGACACCAGUGAGCUCGUCUGCCAACAGAUCCGCAAGGCCCUGGAUGAGCACAAGGAGUUCAAGGCCGAGCUGAUCCUGUACCGGAAGAGCGGGCUCCCGUUCUGGUGUCUCCUGGAUGUGAUACCCAUAAAGAAUGAGAAAGGGGAGGUGGCCCUCUUCCUGGUCUCUCACAAGGACAUCAGUGAUACCAAGAACCGAGGGGGCCCCGACAGCUGGAAGGAGACAGGUGGUGGCCGACGCCGAUAUGGCCGGGCAGGGUCCAAAGGCUUCAAUGCCAACCGGCGACGGAGCCGGGCUGUGCUCUACCACCUGUCUGGGCACCUGCAGAAGCAGCCCAAGGGCAAGCACAAGCUCAAUAAGGGGGUGUUUGGAGAGAAGCCAAAUUUGCCCGAGUACAAAGUCGCUGCCAUCCGGAAGUCACCCUUCAUCCUGCUGCACUGUGGGGCACUGAGGGCCACGUGGGACGGCUUCAUCCUGCUCGCCACCCUCUACGUGGCUGUCACCGUGCCCUACAGCGUGUGCGUGAGCACAGCCCGGGAGCCCAGUGCCGCCCGUGGCCCUCCCAGCGUCUGCGACCUGGCCGUGGAGGUCCUCUUCAUUCUUGACAUUGUGCUGAAUUUCCGCACCACGUUCGUGUCCAAGUCGGGCCAGGUGGUGUUUGCCCCAAAGUCCAUUUGCCUCCACUACGUUAGCACCUGGUUCCUGCUGGAUGUCAUUGCGGCGCUGCCCUUCGACCUGCUACACGCCUUCAAGGUCAACGUGUACUUCGGGGCGCAUCUGCUGAAGACGCUGCGCCUGCUGCGCCUGCUGCGCCUGCUCCCGCGGUUGGACCGCUACUCGCAGUACAGCGCCGUGGUGCUGACCCUGCUCAUGGCCGUGUUCGCCCUGCUCGCCCACUGGGUGGCCUGCAUCUGGUUCUACAUCGGCCAGCGGGAAAUCGAGAGCAGCGCCUCCGAGCUGCCUGAGAUCGGCUGGCUGCAGGAGCUGGCCCGCCGACUGGAGACCCCCUACUACCUGGUGGGCCGGAGCCCAGCUAUAGGGAACAGCUCUGGCCAGAGUGACAACUGUAGCAGCAGCAGCAGCGAGGCCAACAGGACGGGGCCCGAGCUCCUGGGCGGCCCCUCACUGCGCAGCGCCUACAUCACCUCCCUCUACUUCGCACUCAGCAGCCUCACCAGCGUGGGCUUCGGCAACGUGUCUGCCAACACGGACACGGAGAAGAUCUUCUCCAUCUGCACCAUGCUCAUCGGCGCCCUGAUGCACGCGGUGGUGUUUGGGAACGUGACGGCCAUCAUCCAGCGCAUGUACGCCCGCCGCUUUCUGUACCACAGCCGCACCCGCGACCUGCGCGACUACAUCCGCAUCCACCGCAUCCCCAAGCCCCUCAAGCAGCGCAUGCUCGAGUACUUCCAGGCGACCUGGGCGGUGAACAACGGUAUCGACACCACCGAGCUGUUGCAGAGCCUCCCGGACGAGCUCCGCGCAGACAUUGCCAUGCACCUUCACAAGGAGGUCCUGCAGCUGCCCCUGUUUGAGGCGGCGAGCCGCGGCUGCCUGCGGGCGCUGUCCCUGGCCCUGCGGCCCGCCUUUUGCACGCCUGGCGAGUAUCUCAUCCACCAAGGCGACGCCCUCCAGGCCCUCUACUUCGUCUGCUCUGGCUCCAUGGAGGUGCUCAAGGGCGGCACCGUGCUCGCCAUCCUAGGGAAGGGCGAUCUGAUUGGCUGUGAGCUGCCCCGGCGUGAGCAGGUGGUCAAGGCCAACGCCGAUGUGAAGGGGCUGACGUACUGCGUCCUGCAGUGUCUGCAGCUGGCUGGCCUGCACGAGAGCCUCGCGCUGUACCCCGAGUUCGCCCCCCGCUUCAGCAGGGGCCUCCGAGGGGAGCUCAGCUACAACCUGGGUGCUGGCGGAGGCCCCGCAGAGGUGGACACCAGCUCCCUGAGCGGCGACAACACCCUCAUGUCCACACUGGAGGAGAAGGAGACAGACGGGGAGCAGGGCCCCGCAGCCUCGCCAGCCCCAGCUGAUGAGCCCUCCAGCCCCCUGCUGUCCCCCAGCUGCACCUCAUCCUCCUCGGCCGCCAAGCUGCUAUCACCACGACGACCGGCACCCCGGCCCCCGCUGGGUGGCAGAGGGCGGCCGGGCAGGGCAGGAGCUUUGCAGGCUGAGGCCGGCCCCUCUGCUCACCCUCAGAGCUUAGAGGGGCUGCGGCUGCCCUCUGUGCCAUGGAAUGUACCCCCAGAUCUGAGCCCCAGGGUAGUAGAUGGCAUUGAGGACGGCUGUGGCUCUGACCAGCCCAAGUUCUCUUUCCGGGUGAGGCGGUCUGGCCCAGAAUGUAGCAGCAGCCCCUCUCCCGGACCAGAGAACAGCCUGCUCACUGUCCCCCUUGGGCCCAGCGAGGUGAGGAACACAGACAUGCUGGACAAGCUUCGGCAGGCGGUGAUGGAGCUGUCUGAGCAGGUGCUGCAGAUGCGGGAGGGGCUGCAGUCCCUUCGCCAGGCUGUGCAGCUCAUCCUGGCACCCCAUGGGGAGGGCCCAUCCCCUCGGGCGUCAGGAGAGGGGCCCUGCCCGGCCAGCGCCUCUGGGCUCCUGCAGCCUCUGUGUGUGGACACUGGGACGUCCUCCUACUGCCUGCAGCCCCCAGCUGGCUCUGUCUUGAGUGGGACCCGGCCCCACCCUCGUCCAGGGCCCCCUCCCCUCGUGGCACCCUGGCCCUGGGGCCCCCCGGCGUCUCAGAGCUCCCCCUGGCCUCAAGCCACAGCUUUUUGGACCUCCACCUCUGACUCAGAGCCCCCAGGCUCAGGAGAACUCUGCCCCGAGCCCAGCACCCCAGGCCCACCGCCUCCUGAAGAAGGGGCUAGGACUGGGCCCCCGGAGCCCAUGAACCAGGCCGAGGCUGCCAGUACCGGAGAGCCGCCGCCAGGGGCAGGGGGCCUGGCCUUGCCCUGGGAACCCCAAAGCCUGGAGAUGGUGCUGAUUGGCUGCCACGGCUCUGGCACAGUCCAGUGGACCCAGGAAGAAGGCACAGGGGUCUGACCGCCAGCCCCAAAGCUGCUGCCAGACAUGCUGCCAUCUGCCCAGCUUCGGGGUGGAGGAAGGGUGGCAGCCACCCCGGGACUCCGUGCUGCCCGCUGGCUCAGGGCAGGGAGCUUGAGAGCAAACAAACAAGGGCCUGGCCCCGGAUUCUCACAGGGAGGGCUAGAACUUCUUCAGCCGCAGGCCCCAGGCUAGGAAUCUUUGGGCUCCUACUCCUGGGGCCCUUCCUCACCUCAGCCUGCUCCUCUGACGUCUCAUCUCCCUCUGCAGGCUGGGGGACAGUGGCCUGAGGCCAAGGAGGGGUUCUGCUAUCCCCUGCAUGUGCCCCUGCCUCACCUGUCCCCACAUUUUUUAUAUUAAAAAAAGAAUAAUAAAAGAAACUACUUGGGAA